AUGGACGCCCGUGCGCUUGCACUCGCACCCUCUGCCCUUUUCCCCACGCCGGUCCUUUCUUCCGCCUGCGCUGCACGCGUCUCUCCCGCCAAUGGGGCCAGACGUAGCCGCACUUCCGCCAUUCCCCCUAUCCGCGCGUCAGCGCAGGCGGAAAACCAACCUUCCGCCCACCCCUCCACUUCCGCCACUCCCCCUUCCGCCGCUUCCGCCGCUUCCCCCGAAGCCCUCCCCAGACGCUCCGCGCUCGCGGGCGGACUCCUCGCCUUGGCUUCCGCCACCCUCUCCCCGUACCUCCCACUACCCGCCCUCCCCCCCGUCGCGCACGCCGCCGCGGACGCCGCCGCAACGGUGGAAGCCGCCGGGGGAAGCGACCUGCUGAAAGGGCUCCGAUCCGCGUUCGAUUCGGAGGAGAUCACGGCGAGCGGGCGGCGGCUUCCGAAGGCGUACGUGCGGAGCGUGACGGCGCUCAUCAGCAGCCUGCGCGACGCGCUGGGCGCGGAGGAGGGCGACCGGGGGGAGUUCCGGCGCAAGGCGGACGUGGCUAAGGGCGCGAUCCGCGCGUACCUGGGGGAGUGGCGGGGGAAAGCGCCGGAGAACACUGAGGGGAGGGUGGAACAAGGGGAGGGUGGAACGAGGGAGGGGUUGAAAGGUGAGAUGGCUGAACUCUUAUUCACGCACUUGAUGGGGAGUGGCGAGAGAAGGUCACUGGGCAGCAGAUUGUAUGGAGUUCCCCCUCCUCUCCUCCCCUCCUCCCCUCCUCCCCUUCUUCUCUCCUCCCCUCCUCCCCCUCCCAAUCAGAUCAACACCUCUGCUCUCAACUUCGCUAAGAACGUUUUCCUGCUUCUAACAUGCACAGUGGAAACGCUCUCCCGCUUCUACAUGCGCAGUGGAGUCAACGCAAAGCUCCCUGCUGACGUCAGAGACGGCAUCCUUGCUGACCUGGCACUUGCAGAGGCUGCGUUGUGA